AUGGGUUGCCUUCCUAGCAAGGCGACCGGAUCUGAGGCCAAGCCGGGCGAGAAUGCACAGGCAAAGCCUGAGUCAUCCUCCCGGGCGCAGUUCAUUAUUGACAAUCCAGGUAAAAUCCUGGAUUUCUACGAUCUGGAGAAGAACAAGCUGGGUGAAGGGUCCUAUGGCUAUGUCAGCAAGGCGACGAACAAGGCCACUGGCCUCGUGCGCGCUGUGAAGACCAUUGCCAAGGGCAAGAUGAAGAACAUGGAGCGGUUCAAGCAAGAGAUUGCGAUCCUGAAAUUGAUGGACCAUCCUAACAUCAUCAAGCUUUACGAGAGCUUCGAAGACCUCAGGAACAUAUACCUGGUCAUGGAGCUUUGUGGUGGCGGAGAACUUUUUGACCGCAUCAUCGAAGCUGGCAGCUUCACAGAGGUGGUUGCCGCGAACUUGAUGCAGCAAAUUAUCCGCGCUGUGAACUAUAUGCACCAGAGCCAGGUCGCUCAUCGAGAUCUGAAGCCUGAAAACUUUCUUUUCACCUCCAAGGAGCCGAUGGAGAACAACAUCCUCAAGAUCAUUGACUUUGGCUUGUCAUGCAAGUUUGCAGAGAGAGCUUACCUGACAACCAAGGCUGGCACCCCAUACUAUGUGGCCCCGCAGGUGCUGUCUGGCAAGUACGACCAGUCUGCGGACCUAUGGAGUUGUGGCGUCAUUAUGUUCGUGCUGCUUUGCGGAUACCCUCCCUUCUUCGGGGACUCCGACAAGGAAGUCCUGUCCAAGGUGAGAAUGGGCAACUUCAAUUUCAAUCCCGCAGAUUGGAAGAAUGUCUCGGAGGAUGCCAAGAACCUGAUACGCAACCUCAUGAGGAUGAACCCAAGGGAAAGGUUCACUGCGGAUCAGGCCCUGCAGCACGAAUGGAUCAAGCUCCAGGCGCCCAAGGCUCAGAACGUCAGCCUUCAGUCCAACUUUGUUGACAAUCUCCGGGGCUUCCGAUCUCAGAACAAGCUGAAGAAGGCAGCCUUGCAGAUCAUUGCUGGGCAGCUGAAUGAGGAGCAGAUUACCCAGCUCCGCGAUGUGUUCAUGAUGAUCGAUGGAAACGGUGACGGCCUUCUCACAGUAAACGAGCUGAAGGAAGCGCUCUCCAAGGCCGGCUUGAAGGACAUCCCACCUGAUUUGAUGCAGAUCCUGCAGGAAGUGGAUUCAGACGGGAGUGGGGUCAUUGACUACACUGAGUUCCUUGCAGCGACGGUCGAAAAGAGGAUGUACAUCCAAGAAGAUGUCUGCUGGGCAGCCUUCCGCGUCUUUGACAGGAAUGGCGACGGGAAAAUCUCCAUGGAGGAGCUCCAGCAGGUGCUUUGCAACGGCGAUGUGGAACGAGUUGUUGGCACGAAGGCCAUUGCUGAGCUGAUGUUGGAGGUGGACGGAAAUGGUGACGGCUUUAUCGAUUUCAAGGACCUGCGCAUGGAUCAUUAA